GUUAAGUCAUCUAUUGAGCUAUAAACUUUAACACGAACAUACUUCUCAACAACUUGUUACAACCAGUUGAUAAGAUGCAUUUGACCAAAGAGCAAGUCGAAAUUCUACUCAAAAAUUAUCCAGAAAUAUUAUCACAAAAUGCCGAAAUUAAAAUCUCCCUGGAUGUAAGAAAACCGAUGGAUAUGUAAGUUACAUUCAUAAAGUUACAAUCAACAACAUCUCAAAAUCAAAUUCAAACAACAAUACAGAAACACAGGAAUUAAUUGUAAAAUGUGCACCGGAAGAUAUAACCCACAGAGAGUUAAUGGGUGUAAGAGAGUUAUACCUGAGUGAAAUUUACUUUUAUGCUACAAUACUGCCAGAGUUUUAUAAAUUAGAAGCAGAAAAAGUGCCAAAAAUGCCAAAAUUUAUCACAGCUGUUACCACACCAUUUAAAGAAGUAUUAGUACUUGAAGAUGUACGUCAAUUUGGCUAUGGAAUGAGGGAUAAAACACUGUUUUUAGAUGAAAAACACGUUAAAUUUGUUCUUGGAGAAUUCGGCAAGCUACAUGCGUUUUCUUUUGCUUUGAAGUUUAAAAACUGUGAACUAUAUGAGAGUUUAGUAAAAGGAUUGAAGGAUAUACAUGGUGGAAAGAACUGUAAUUUGAAUGACGAGACAAACAGCUGGUACAGAGCUACAUUAAAACAAACAAAAGAGUUGUUUCAAGCUGAAGAAGAUGUGAAGAUUCUAAAGAAAUUGGAAUACAUUGAAGAUCAUUUAGAGGAAUAUUGCGAAGGUUUUUUGGAGUACCAAGGACCAUUUGGAGUUGUUUCACAUAUGGAUUGUUGGAGUAACAAUAUGUUAUUUAGAUAUAAUAACAACACUUUAGAUUCAAUUUGUUUCCUGGACUUCCAAUACGUUUGGGUUGUUUCUCCAGCAGUGGAUUUUUCUUUCAUCUUCUACGUCAACGGUAAACCGGAAGAAUAUCCAAAACUAGACGAAUAUUUACAGCAUUAUUACGACAGUUUAAAGAGUCACAGUAAAUUAUUAGGUUUAAACAUUGAAGAGGUUUAUAGUUAUUCAAUGUUUCUGGAAGAAAUAUUUGCUUAUGCAAAAUAUGGUUUUCUUCGUGGGUUGAUCGGUAUUCCAAUGAGCAUGAGGCAAAACGAAGAUAUUAUUGAUGUCAAAGAUGUUGUCAGUAAUGGUAUGGAUACCAGUAAAGCAUUCGGGGUAGAAAAGUGGCAUUCUGAAUGUGCGGAUUGGAUGCGAAAACUUACCCUACAUAUGGUCGAGCAUAAUUUUAUUUGAAUGUAAUAUUUGUAUAAACUGUCUUUGUAUGAAAUGAAGAUGUUCAGUAAAUUCUUGUAUAUGAA